AUGGCUGCUUUGAUCCAAUCCAGCAACGAGCCCGUCAUCACCAGUUCGCCUGACUCCACCGUCUUCCUGAAACACUCCAAGCCUGACUCGAGUCUGUCCUCCAUCGCCAGCGCCGGUCUUCACGUUUCCCGCUCGCGAAUGGCCUCCAUCUCCGCCAGUGCCGGCCAGAUGGAUCGUAGUAGCUCACAGGUCGCACGCGAGGCGCUCGAAAAGUCGUCGUCGUCGUCGUCAUCAUUGUUGUCAUCGUCGCACCACGCGCACCCCGUCGAUCAGAUGCAGAUUGACUCCCAUGCCCACAUGCACGACACCUCCCCUUCCUUUGGUACCCCGGACCACUCCUCUUCCGCCCCGGGGCCUCUUCUACACAGCACCACCACCGUCGCUAGUCCCGGGCCGAUAGAGGAAACGGCCUCCCAGGACAGUGGCGACCGCCCUUCCCGCCCCCGGGAUGACGGCGAUCUGCCCCAGGAAGCUAGCAACAAGGCCUUCUCCUACCCGAUGCUGACCGGGGGGCUGAACGAUCCGCGGCGCGGGCUCAGUUUGCCCAACUCCGGCUUCCACAAGGGCGGCUCCCGCUCGCCCUCGGCCAAGAAACACCGCUGCCCUUACUGCUCCACCGAAUUCACCCGCCAUCACAACCUCAAGAGUCAUCUGCUCACCCAUAGUCAGGAAAAGCCCUACGUCUGCCAGACCUGUCAGUCCCGCUUCCGCCGCCUCCACGACCUCAAACGCCACGCCAAACUGCACACCGGCGAACGACCCCACAUCUGCCCCAAGUGUGGCCGACGCUUUGCGCGGGGUGACGCCCUCGCUCGCCAUAACAAGGGCCAAGGUGGCUGUGCAGGCCGCCGUGCCAGUAUGGGCAGCUAUGUCCCUGAAGACGAUUACGUCGACGGUCCGCACCCGGGCAUGGGCGGCGGCGGGGUCGGCGCCGCCGCCGCCGCCGCCGCUGCUGCCGCUGCUGCUGCCGCCCACCACCAUGACUCCAUGGACGGCCUGGUCUAUGACGAACCGGAACGCAUGGACGAAGAGGACGAGCGACAAUUCAACAUGCCCAGUAUCAAGAAACAUGAUGCCCCUGUCGGAGGAGACCCCAUGCGCUCCAACUCCACCAGCAGCGUUCACCAACAUUACCAACCGCGCCAGCCCAGCACGUACCCGCCGCUGGCCGCCAAUCGACCCUCCCCCGGCGGCCUGUUCCCGCCGCCCACCAGCCACGGGGGGUCGAGCACUUCCACCUCGCCCAUUUCGCAACCCGGAAACCUGACCUUCCCGCCCGUCGGCCAACCGUCGGGGGCCUCCAUCUUUGCCCCAGUGGCCAACGUCACCGACAGCCCCAAGUCCCUAUCACCAAACGCCAUGUCGUCGCACCAGCUCGGCCAUGGGCCGGAGGGGCACUCACCAGUCUUUCCCCCACAAUCACAACAAACCUCUUACCCGCGGUCUUCUGUCUCGGGCCCUGCUCCACCAUCAUCUCUUACCAACCAUUCCUCCUCAUCCAAUACUGGCCUAGGUCUACCGCCGCCGCCAACGCAGACCGGCCCGCCCCAGCUCCCGCCGCCACCCGGGCUAACCUCUCCAGACUCACGGUUUACCCUCCACGGGCCGGGGACGAGUAGCAGCAGCAGCAUCCCCGCCCCACAUCUACACGGCCAUUCGAAUCCCGGGCUAGACCCGACACAGAACAGUCGCGGCCAUUACCCCGGGCACGAGCCGGACCAGCAGCUGGAUUCCAGUCGCGAAGACAAGCUGUGGGCGUACAUACGGUCUAUGCAGGAAGAGCUAGCCGGGUUAAAGAAUGAGAUGGCCAUUCUUCGCGCGCAGCUCCAGGACCGGUAG